AUGACGUUUUCGGGCGGGACCUGCGGCCAGCGCCAACGCCACACGGUUCAGCUCGACAGCGUGCUUCCAGAGUCCGAGAAAUUUGAUGCGAAGGACGUUGAUGGUGCCACGCUGAAAAACGCAGCUUUGGUUAAGGGCUCAACGAACGACGACCGCCUCAACCCCGUCGCGAUUGCCGUCUUCGCGCUCUGGGUGCUCGUCACCGUCAACUCACUCGUGGACCCGCUCAAGACGAUUUACGGCUACUUUGUCUACCUCGACAGCAACAACCAAAACGCCGUGUGGCAGCUCACGGUCGCCAACCACUUCAACAACGUCACAUCUCGCGUCUGUCCAUUGAGCGGGCCGUUUCUCGACUGCUACUUUGAGCUGCCCGUCUACGGCACCGGGUCCCUCGCCGGUGCGACCUGCCGGUCCUACUACCCCACCGACAAGGGCCCGACCCAGCACAUUGGCAAUUUCUUCGGCAACUGCACAUUUCCCAACGGCCAGCGCGUCGACAUGCCGGAUGGCCGCACCACGGUGACGACGCAGUGGACGGUCCAAACAAGCUCUCUCGACCGAAAGUGUCUCACUCUACUCGGCGAAGGCGACAGCUUUCCGUGCGACGAGUACAUCACGACCAACGGCCGCAUCAUCAACUACCGCGUGAGCCAGACGGAAACCAAAAAGUGCAGCAGCAGUCUCCUCGUCUCGAUCAUGUCGCUUCGCACGGCCAAAGAACCGGUGGACCCCAACGCGGUCACGUCCAACUUGCACCAAAUCCUCAUCGAGUCGACGCACCGCAUGGCGCCCGAAAUCGCGCUGCAGAUGACGCGCGCCAAGGUGCCACCGCUCAUGCUCUGCGAGUCGCUCAAUUUGGCGUCCGAGGGGUUUGUGUGCCUCGCGUACGGUGGCAUUCACGUCGUCGCCGUCUCCGAGUGGGGAUUCGCGCGCCCACUCGAGAACGCGCUCGGGCAUGUCGCUGUCAUCCACGACGGCCAUCGCGUCGCGUUCGACCCGAACGUGACGAUCGACUCGUUGGUCAAGCUUUCGUCGCGCCCCGCGUGGCUUGGUAUUCCCGACCUCUACUGA